ACGUGUCUCCAAUCCGACACUAGGCAGCGCUGAGUGGAUUUAAUCCUAUUGCACAGACACCGAGAGGAUUUAUUCUAUUACACAGACACUGAGACGAUGAGUUCGGAAGUCCAGAAAUCGCCAGACGAUGGCUGUCUGCGUCCUAAAGCCGGCCGGGACAAGACAGAGUUGUGCCGGACGGUCACGGCGCCAAAGAACGGCAAAUGUUAUUGUCGAGGGCGGCUUCUUGGAAAGGGUGGAUUUGCAAGAUGUUAUGAAAUGACUGAUCUCGCCAGUAACAAAAUAUAUGCAGUUAAAGUUAUUCCACAUUCCAGAGUAUCAAAGCCUCAUCAAAAAGAUAAGAUUGAAAAAGAAAUUGAAUUCCACAAAUCCCUAUCCCAUAAAUACAUAGUGAAAUUCUACCAUAGUUUUGAAGAUGAUGAAAAUAUUUAUAUCUUUCUAGAACACUGCAGUCAUAAGUCAUUAGCUCACAUCUUGAAAGCAAGAAAAACGUUAACGGAGCCUGAAGUCCGCUAUUACCUCAGACAGAUUAUACUGGGUCUCCGAUAUCUCCAUGUUCGGGAUAUUCUUCACAGAGACCUCAAACUAGGCAACUUUUUUGUAAAUGGUAACAUGGAAGUAAAAGUUGGUGACUUUGGCCUGGCAACUAAGCUGCUACCUGUUGAUCAGAGGAAAAGGACCAUCUGUGGUACUCCAAACUACUUGGCACCAGAGGUACUAAAUAAACAAGGUCACGGACCCGAGGCUGACAUCUGGUCCUUAGGCUGCGUAAUGUACACAAUGUUGUUUGGCCGGCCACCUUUUGAGACUGCUGACCUGAAAGACACUUACAGAUGUAUCCGAGCAGCUGAGUACUCCAUGCCUUCGACCUUCUCUGUUGCUGCAAAGGACCUUAUUGGUAGCAUCUUGAAGAAGAGUCCAGAACAGCGGCCCACACUAGACGCAAUUUUGAAUCAUGACUUUUUUGCAAAAGGUUUUACACCUGAUGUGCUUCACCCAAGCAGCUGUACAACGCCACCUGAGCUCAACGGCCCAACUCCAACAAAAAACUUCUUCCAAAAGUUUACAGAAGCGUUCUUUGGGAAAAAGAAAGCAAUCGGUAUGGAGAAGGAUGAGAUCUCUAAACUUGCUGCUGAUUUUAUGAAGGCCUCCAUCCAUAGGCAGACAAGCUACAAGACUGAAAAAUUAUCUGAGCUUACACUUCCUUCUGGACACAUGACAAACUCUCUUCGGAAGGAGAAAAUUGCUACGCAAUCAAAAACCGUUAACGAGCCAUGUAAAGGAUCCAGUGCCAAUUCUGCUGACGAGGGACCCGCAGCUCAGCAAAUGACAGACGCUGCUACCUGUGUUCUCAAAAGUUGUCUUACAGCUAUGCCAUCAGCUAGAAAGAACCCAAUAGGACAAGGCCUCCAUCGGUCCAAACCUUUUUUGUGGGUCACCAAAUGGGUUGACUACUCCAAUAAAUACGGCUUUGGAUAUCAAUUGUCCAAUCGCAGCAUAGGUGUCCUGUUCAAUGAUGGAACCCAUAUGAGUAUCUCCGCUGACAGAAGAAAUGUGUAUUAUUACCUCAAUAACAACCAACACUAUUCCUUCCCUGCCACUGCAAUCCCAGAGUGGCUGACCAAACAGAUGAUAAUUGUCAGUUAUUUUGCCAACUAUAUGGAGGACAAUCUAAUGGAUGGAGGUGACUUGCCCAGGACAUUCCUUGAAGAUUGUCAAGAUCCAUCUUUGUUCCUGUUGCAGUGGGUGAAAACUGAUCAUUCCUUAUUGAUGUUGUUCAACAAUGGCACUUUACAGGUGAACUUUUAUCAGGAUCAUACGAAGCUCAUUCUCUGCAAAGCUGAUCAGUCUUACCUGCUUACAUACAUCAACAAGGACCGUGUUGCCUGCACAUACAAACUGAGCACCAUAAUGGAACUGGGAUGUUCACAAGAGCUCCACCAUCGUCUAGCCUACACUUUGAAACUGCUACAGCAACAGAAGACUGAUAUUUAAAUGUGAUUUGAAACCUUCAGGAGAGGGCCACAAGCUUCUACUAUGGAGUUUUUAAACCGGGUGCAAGAGACUGAGCUGAUUGAACAUCACUAUGAAAUUAGCCAGUGUUUGGCUAAAAUUUGCUGCUGUUUUGGGUGGUGGGGGAGACUAUGGUAUAGAACCUAAAAUCUUGCUCUUGGUAGUUUUGUUCAUGAUUUUUAUUUUUAAAUUUUUUUUUAAGGAGUAUCACUAUUCAAACUGGAUGUGAACACAACAGUUAUCAAACUUGUUUGUUUCUCCUCUCCUUUGGUACUUGACGGUUUCUGGGAUGACAAAUGUUUUUGACUUUAGUUUAUAUUAAUAAGGAUAAAUUGUUACCACCCUAAAAAUUUGAAACUUUGGCAUUGAGGCUUAAGUUGGUCCAGAAAACUAGACGUGAUGGCUAAUUUGACACGUGAAAAUGCACAUGUUCAAAUAGUUAUAACAUCCUCGUCGUUCCUGAGAAUGACUGCUUUUGCCUAGGCCCAAAGGAUGAUCCAAUUUGAUGGUUAAUAAAUGCACUUCCAAUCUUGCCAGGUUGAUGUCAGAAAAAUCUUGAACUUAGACUGUUUGUAAUGCAAGAACUGAUGUAAGUUUGCAUUUAUAAUUGAGCAAAUGUUGCUGGUCAUUAUAUCCGAUUUUGCCAGGAUUGACGUUUGCACGUUCAAAUAAGCUAAGCGUUUAGCUGCUUAUAAUUCAGACUUGGCGUUAGGCAUGUUAUAAACUAAUCAAUGCAAACUCUAAUUUUGCCUAGGUCCCUGUUUAAAGGAGUACAGGCAAAGUUCACUGACACAUUACUUUAGCUUGUUCCAAAUCGAAAUUCUGACAUGUUACAAUUGCUGGGUCUGUAUUUAUGGUGGUUGUUCUGAGAUGGAACAUCUUUUUCCACUGCCUGCUAUUGAUUGGAAACAAAUUUUCCACUGUGAUCUCUCUACAUUGGGAGCAUUUGAGCAAUAUUGGAUUAUUUGCAGCUUGUUGUUUAACAUCUUGUUCUAGAUGUUCAGUUGUGCAACAAUUCAGGCCUUUAUUGCCAAAUGUUAAACUGCCUUGGCGUAUUAUGAAUUCUGAGUCAAUCAAAGGACAUAAGUGCAUUUGUGGACAGACUAUUUUGUUACCCUAGAAACUGUAAUAUAGAGGACCAGACAUUAAACUUGUAUUUAAAGCCAGAUCUUGGGGAUUGAACAUAUGUUUGUUGGAAACAAGACUGCCUUCUGAUGUGGGUUGAUCUGGAGAAUAUUUUGCUCUUCCCAAAUGGCAUGACAAAGUCUUGCUCCAAAUUGGUAGAUGGUUGGCUGAGUCUGAAACUUGAGUAUCAAGAAAGCCAUUUUGUAGUCAUUGGUUUGAGAGGGGAAUAUUAGUGGGGAAAAGUUGCAUUUCAACUGGUACAACUGAAGUGUUAAUCCAAAAUCGAGAUUCCUAUUUAUCUGCACCUUUAGGUGUGAUGGCUCUAGAUUCCUUAGUAUUUAAUAAAUUUGGUCUUAUUUAUGUUUAUGCAAGUAUUCAGUGUGCCUAAUUUAUUUUUGUAUUUAUUAUUUAUUUCUUUGCCAUUUUUAAGGAUACCAGAAUGCUGAGGAAUUCUGAGUGUACAAUAUUUUUUAUCAAAAUAAAGCUUCAUGUAAAUCA